AUGUUCUCCAACUUUACCAAUAUAGUGCAGAAGGCACAGCAGCUCAUUGAUCCCUCACAGGGACUGAACCUAUCCAGUUCCGACCGAAAUCCCUCGAAAGCGUCGCUGUUCCAGAGCCAGUUCCGUCUCCCGGCGUCCCAGAACCCCCUCUGCGAGAUCACGGCCGAGCUCACUAUCCCACCAUCGAAUGCUACAGGAGGCGAUAAGGAGAACGACAGAGGCUGGCACUACGCGGGCAAGCUGCACCUGUCCGAAGCGUUCAUCUGCUUCUCGACGACGCCCACAAGCUUCCUGCAGUCGGCAAGCACGAGCACCUCAUCUGCCUUUACCGGCCAGACGUACGGCGGCGGGCCCAGCGGGAAUGGCUUCACAUUCCCUCUGUGCGCGAUCAGGCGUGUAGAAAGGCUGAACAGCCAGAAUUUUCAGUUUGCGCUUGCCAUCACGACAUGGAAUGGACUCCUGGCGGAAAAUUCGAAAGAGAAGGACAAUGGCACGAAAAAGAAUAGAGAGAACAAAGAACAACGCAUAACCAUCCACCUCGCGGGUUCCAGACAGGCGUGUGAGCGAUUCUGCGACGGCCUGAAGAAGGGCCUGCGAGCUGGCGUCGGCAACGUCGGCAAGCUGCGCAGGAUUGUCGCGGAAUGCUACUCGGAAUACCUCCUUAGGCCGGAGGAGAAAAGGGAUAGCGAUCCUCCUGAUGCAGGACUCGGCCUAACGUUUCGCUACCCCGGCGACCCGAAAAAACUGAGAGAUCGGGCCAAGAUGCGGCUUUGGGCCGAGUACCUGCGGGAUAACGGCCGAGCCGCCACGCUCAUCCGGCAACCCACGUUUCACAAGCUCAUCCGGGUCGGUUUACCAAACCGGCUUCGAGGUGAGAUGUGGGAGCUGACCUCUGGCUCGCUGUACCUGCGCUUAGAGUCCCCGGCUCUCUACGCGGACACGCUAGCCAAGUUCGAGGGCCAGGAGUCGCUCGCCAUCGAUGAGAUCGAGAAAGAUCUUAACAGGAGCUUACCAGAAUAUCCUGGGUUUCAGAGUGAAGAGGGCAUCGGUCGUCUCCGCCGCGUGUUGACCGCCUACAGUUGGGUGGACACGGACGUCGGCUACUGCCAAGCGAUGAACAUUGUCGUGGCCGCUCUCCUCAUAUACAUGUCCGAAUCGCAGGCCUUCUUCCUUCUCUCCGCUCUCUGCGACAGGCUGGUACCCGGAUACUACUCCACCACCAUGUACGGAACCCUCCUCGACCAGAAAGUAUUCGAGUCUCUUGUCGAGCGCACCAUGCCUGUACUGUGGGAUCACCUCGUCAAGAGCGACGUCCAGCUCUCUGUGGUGUCGCUGCCGUGGUUCCUUUCCCUAUACAUCAACUCCAUGCCUCUUGUGUUCGCCUUCCGUGUCUUGGACGUCUUCUUCGUAGAGGGCCCCAAAGUGCUCUUCCAGGUAGGCCUAGCCAUUCUGCGCAUCAACGGUGAGGAGCUGCUCGAUGCCGCCGACGACGGCGCUUUCAUAUCGGUCCUGAAGACGUACUUUGCGCGGCUGGACCAAUCUGCCCACCCCAAGUCCGAGAACCCCAAGCUCCGCGCCGUCACCCGCUUCCAGGAGCUCAUGGUUGUCGCCUUUAAAGAGUUCUCAGGCAUCACCCACAGCAGUAUCACAGAGCUGCGACUGCAGAAUAAGGAUGCUGUCCUCAAAAAUAUCGAGAGCUUUGCCAAAAGAACCGCGAUCCGGAAUUUAGGCCCGGACAGCAAACUCCUCUCCAACGACGAGCUGGCCUCAGUCUACGACAGGUUCUAUAAUGUGCUGUACGAACGUCAGCAGCGAGAUUGUGUGAUGCAGGAGGAGGCGCAGCGCCGCGCCAAAGCCAGCAGGAUGCGCGCAUCCGAGAUCUUCGCCGCCCGCGCCCCGGAUCAGGUCGAAAAGGGUCGCGUGGGACUGGGGCCAAGCACCAGUUUGAUGGACUACGACGCCUUCCGCGAGUUUCUCGCCAGUAUGUCGCGGUGGGCAGUGUCGGACUCGCCCGCCCAGUCUACGAGAAGCACCGGGGUGGAGACGGAGCGCCACGGCAGGGCGAAUGGCGUCCGGGGCCUCUCCCGCAGCAGCUCGCCUUGGGGACUCGGACCCGAGCCGGCCCAGCACGAGUUCCUAGAGCGCCUCUUCAAGAAAUGGGACUUUGACGGCAACCAGGCUCUCACCUUACAAAACGUCGUGUCUGGCCUUGCAGGCAUCAAAGGCAGGAAAGAUAUCAUGGGCACUAUCACGUACUUUUUUGAGCUCUACGACGAUGAUGAAGAUGGCAAGGUCGAUCGAGAGGGCAUCUUACGCAUCUCGGAGGCGCUUUUGUUCCUGUCACGGCGUGGCUUAGAGGGCUCUUUAAGCCCGUCCACGACAGCCAGCGCGGAGGGCAGCACCGAGCUUCUUGGCAGCCAGGGCACCAGUGCGUCUGCAAGUGAGAGAUUUCUCGGCAGCGUCAGCGCAUUCAUUCGUCGGUGCUUUGAGUAUGCAGAUCCAGACUAUCCGAAGAACAAUGCCGAAAAUGAGGAUCUGAUCGCCGUCGACGAUGGUAAAGAAUCCAAAGCUGCAGACGCGUUUGCUGUGGGUGAUGAUGAUGACGAUGACGACGAUGGCAGAGACGAAUUCAAGCCAGCCGCACAUACAGGGGAUGAUGACCUACUCAGUCUCGCGGCCGGCGACAAGGCCACCGCAGAAGGUGAGGGCAUCUCGAGCCGCAGUACCAGCAAGGCAAAGGCCGAAGCCGCCAAUGCAGCGCUCGACCCCGCUCACCCACUUCACAUCACUCUACCCACGUUCCGGAUGGUAGUGUUGGCUGAUGAGCUCUUGGAGCAGUUCUUUGAGUCCUCAUUUCCCUUAUCCUUCCACAUCGUGGACGGGGUUACGAACACUGUUACUUCGCCUGGGUCCCUGACAACCUUUUCCAGUUUGGGCUUCAGUACAAGGCACCAAAUCCCGGCACCGAUCGGGCCACCCGGUGCGGGACGGGGACUGCGCGGCGUCUUGGAUAAUAUAGUGACGGACGGCAUGCGAGUCGCUACGGAGGUGCGCCGACGCAUGGAAGAGGCGCAGAGAGAGCUAGAGAAGAACGCCAUCCCCGGCCAACGUGCCUACGAUGACGAUGAUGACGAUGAUGACAUGGCUCUACGGGCAGAGGUGGCGUCUGGCCGGAGUGCAGACAUUGAGCGCCGCUCUGUGCGAAGCUCCGACCGAGACUUGCUGGACGGUGCUGAUGCAUACGCUGGCGCCUCGGCCAAGGAAGCCGGGGAGCGAUUGGUGGACGUUGAUGUGGAGGAGAGAUCUGGCGCCAAAUCUGUAGCACAUGAGGGUGUGGGCGUGGUGGAAUUUGACACUUAA